UUUUGUGUGUGUGUGCGCGCGUGUGUUUUGUGUUCGUGUUUGUGCGAAUUCGUUCCUUCGCAAUUCCUUUUCUUUUUCCCAUUUCUCUCUCUCUCUCGCGCGCGCGCGCGCGACAAAACCCUAGCUCGCUCUUGCUCUCGAUCGCCAUUUCUCGAUCCUAGGGUUCGUACGACGUGGGGGAUCCGAGGAGAAAAAGAACUGCAGAAUCCUGUGUAGUAGAUCGAGAUCGGAGGACUUAUCUUGUUUUGUGUAUUUAAAUUCGACUUCCGAUGGGAUGGGGAAACACUUUACGGAGGCGCAUGAGAGUCUUCGCUGUUGCAUUGGUGAUCUACUUAGACUAUAAGGCUGUUCAGAAGAGGGUGAAAUGGGUUAGCAGAGUAAAAAAGAAUACUAUUUGGGAAAAAACCCAUCAAAGGAAUGCUAAACGGGUUCUUAACUUGAUGAUUGAAUUGGAAGGCUUGUGGGUAAAACUUGGUCAGUAUCUAUCUACCCGAGCAGAUGUACUCCCUGAGGCAUACAUAUCUCUCCUCAAGAAGCUGCAAGACUCACUUCCUCCUCGUCCUCUUAAAGAGGUCUGCCGAACUAUAGAAAGAGAGUUGGGGGAAUCCAUGCGAGAUCUCUUCUCUAAUUUUGUCCAUGUUCCCCUCGCAACUGCAUCUAUAGCUCAAGUUCACCGUGCAACUACGAAGGAUGGCCAGGAGGUGGUUGUCAAAGUUCAACAUGAGGGCAUCAAGGAAAUCAUAUUAGAGGAUUUAAAGAAUGCAAAAUCUAUAGUUGACUGGAUAGCUUGGGCAGAGCCACAAUAUAACUUUAGCCCAAUUAUUGAUGAAUGGUGUAAGGAGGCACCAAAAGAACUCGACUUCAAUCAUGAAGCAGAAAACACUAGAACAGUUUCCAAAAACCUUCAGCCCAAAAAUGAGGGUGAUGACCUUUCUAACUCUGUUGAUGUAAUUAUACCGGAAGUUAUCCAGUCGUCUGAGAAAGUCCUUGUCCUGCAAUAUAUGGAUGGCAUUCGAUUAAAUGAUAAUGAAUCAUUGGAAGCUUAUGGUGUUGAUAAACAAAGACUUGUGGAAGAGAUUACACGUGCAUAUGCUCAUCAAAUUUAUGUCGAUGGGUUUUUCAAUGGUGAUCCUCAUCCUGGAAAUUUCCUUGUGAGUAAGGAGCCUCCACAUCGGCCAAUUUUACUUGAUUUUGGGCUUACAAAGUCAAUAUCAAGCUCCAUGAAACGGGCGCUAGCGAAGAUGUUUUUGGCGUGUGCUGAGGGGGAUCAUGUGGCCCUGUUGUCUGCUUUUGCAGAAAUGGGACUUAAGCUGCGCCUUGAUAUGCCACAGCAGGCUAUGGAUAUUACAGCAGUAUUUUUUCGCACUUCAACUCCAGCAAACGAAGCACUUGAAAAUAUAAAAUCUUUGGCUGAUCAAAGAGAGAAAAACAUGAGAGCCAUCCAGGAAAAGAUGAAACUUAAUAAGGAAGAAGUCCGGCGCUUUAACCCUGUUGAUGCUUUCCCUGGCGAUGCAAUUAUUUUCUCGAGGGUGCUUAAUCUUCUUCGAGGGCUUUCAGCUACUCUAAAUGUUCGGAUUGCUUAUCUAGAUAUCAUGAAGCCUUUUGCUGAAUCAACAUUACGGGGCAUUACGAAUGGACAGAUGAUAAACACACAAUGGAUUUAUGAUUCACCUAUCCACUCUGAGGUGGAGGCUAAGCUGAGACAACACCUAGUUGAGCUGGGAAGUGAAAAGAUACUAGGAAUACAAGUAUGUGCUUAUAAAGAUGGGAAAGUCAUAAUAGAUACUGCCGCUGGUGUGUUAGGGAAAUAUGAUCCGCGACCUGUUCAACAUGAUUCUCUGUUUCCAGUUUUCUCUGUGACAAAAGGAAUCACUGCUGGACUCGUACAUUGGCUUGUUGACAAGGGGAAACUCAACCUUGAAGAAACUAUUGCCAGUAUAUGGCCAAAUUUCGGAAACAGGAAAAAGGAGCUAAUAAAGGUGCACCAUGUACUUAAUCAUGCAUCUGGGUUGCACAAUGCGAUGGCCGAUGUAAUGAAGGAAGAUCCAUUGGUGAUGUGUGAUUGGGAAGAAUCUCUAAGCCGUAUAGAAAGAUCUGUUCCUGAGACGGAACCUGGUUCCAGCCAAUUUUAUCAUUACUUAUCUUUUGGUUGGCUUUGUGGCGGAGUUAUAGAGCAUGCUUCUGGGAAGAAGUUUCAAGAAGUGUUAGAGGAAGCUAUUGUUCGCCCUCUUAGUAUUGAAGGCGAGCUUUACAUUGGCAUUCCUCCAGGUGUCGAAUCUCGGCUAGCAACCCUAACUAUUGAUGCAGAAGACCUACAGAAGCUCUCAGUGAUCGGGACAGCAGCCCUGACUGUUGACAGGGAAGACCUACUGAAGCUCUCAGCGAACGGGGCACGUCCCGGCAUGCUGACAACCCUUGUCGAGGGCAACCUUGCGCAGGUGGCGACCGGCCUCCCUGUCCUCUUCAACACCCUAAACAUCCGCAGAGCCAUCAUUCCCGCUGCCAACGGCCACUGCUCCGCCCGUGCCCUAGCCCGAUACUACGCUGCCCUUGCCACCGGCGGCUCCAUCCCUCCGCCGCACUCUCCCAACUCGAAUCCCCCCCUCGGCUCUCAUACCCACAUCCCCAAAUUCCCCACCUUCCAGCCUAAGAAAAAACGGGCAACAAAGGAUGCUACGGAUGAUCUCAACACACAUGGUAACACUAAUGAGGUAGCUAAUGGUAAUGGCUACAAUAAUAACAAAGGCUAUAGCCUUGUGGACAUUGAUGAAGAUGAAGCUACAAGGAACGGUUCUAAACUUUUUACUAACCCCAAGAUCCAUGAUGCACUUAUGGGCGUCGGCGAUUACGCGAAUUUGGUGAUCCCCGACGGCAAAUUCGGGUUAGGAUUUCGGAGGUUUAGCACAGCUAGCGGAAAGCUAACCAGUUUUGGGCAUUCGGGGAUCGGCGGAUCCACCGGUUUUUGCGACGUAGAGCACGAUUUCUCGAUCGCGGUGACAGUGAAUAAGAUGUCGCUCGGUGGCGUGACUAGAAGCAUUAUCCAGUUGGUUUGCGCCGAGCUGAAUAUACCUCUUCCUGAUGAGUUUUCUACUUUCGGGGAGAAGGGGCCUGACAUGCAGCUUAACCUAGGACCACAGGCAAUGUAAUAUUUUUUCCCAAGUCACUUUGCUUACCCCUUUUUGUUAGUUUACUCAGAUAAUCUAAAAGACUCAUUAUUCCAAAUUGGAAUUGUCAGAGAAAACUUACAGCAGAAACAUAUACUUGUAUGAACCACAGCUCAAUAGAAUUUCCCUUCAAUCAUUUGUUGUUUCA